AUGAACAUGAUUGUUUAUGGAGCAGUGAUGAACAUAAAUCGUGGGAAUCCUUUUCAUAAAGAAGUAGUGUUGGAUUCAUGGCCAGACUUCAAAGCUGUCAUCACCAGGAGGCAGAAAGAGGUUGAGACGGAUAACCUGGACCAUUAUACGAAUGCCUAUGCUGUGUUCUACAAGGAUGUCAAGGCUUACCAACAGCUAUUGGAAGAGCAUGAUGUUAUUAACUGGGACCAGGUUUUUCAAAUACAAGGGCUGCAGAGUGACUUAUAUGAUGUUUCCAAAGCUGUUGCCAACACUAAGCAAUUGCACGUAAAGCUAACAUCCUUCCGGGCAGUUCAUUUUGCUUCUGUUCCGACUCUACCGGACAUCAGUUCCCUAUUGGGUUCUCCUCCCCGACUAACCUACCUGAGUGUUACUGAUGCUGAUCUACUCAACCGGACUUGGUCUCGGGGUGGCAAUGAGCUAUGUCUCCGGUACAUCGCCAACCUCAUCUCCUCCUUCCCCAGUGUGUGUGUCCGUGACGACAGGGGUAGCCCCGUCUCCUGGUCUAUUACAGACCAGUUUGCCACCAUGUGCCACGGCUACACCCUGCCUGAGCAUCGUCGCAAAGGUUACAGCCGACUGGUGGCCCUCACCCUGGCCAGGAAGCUGCAAAGUCGGGGAUUUCCAUCCCAGGGGAACGUCCUGGAUGACAACACUGCAUCCAUAAGCCUUCUGAAGAGUGUCCACGCUGAGUUUUUGCCUUGUCGCUUCCAUAGGCUUAUUUUCACCCCUACACUUUACUCAAGCUCACUUAUUGCCAAGAGAAACGCAGGAAUUCACUUUGUCUUCCCUGAACAUUCAUCCGCACCUUAA